AUGGCCCAGACCGCCGCUUAUUCUUUUCGUUAUUGUCCUCUCGAGUCUGGGCAGUAUAGCAUUUAUCAUGAUUCCUCGCACAGCCAACAAGCCGUUUUAGCUGAUACCUGCAGAAAUGUCAUGAACCGUCACUGCUGCCAGAUAUCAAUAGCCGCAGCACCCGAGACAUCGUUACCUUCCUUUAAGCCACAUUCUUCCCUCGUAGACUCUCCCACCGUUUACAACCUCACCAUGACAGGUCCCAUUCGGAAUGUCAUGGCAAGUCGCCUCGAAUUGCUUCAGCAAUGUCCUAUCAAGAUCAAUAUCAAUCUCAGCUUACCGGCCAUCGAUUGCCCCAACAUUGACGUACUGCGUACCGAGUGCGAAAAGAUCCAAGAAGAAUCACAAACAGAGAUCGCUAUCGUCCCACCUACGUUUGCCAAUCGGUCUUCGUUCGUUGCCCAAAAUCGCGUUUCUAUCGUAAUUACUGGUACACCCGCCAAAGCCGACCAUGCUCGUAUCCGUUUUCUCGUUUUGUUAGAUAAAUUGUCUCACCUUGAUUCGGAUACGUUGCAUAUUCCACUCGAACUUCACAAUCUCAUUUGCGGCAAGAAACGCGUCUGCCUCCAACCUAUCAUUGAAGAAACAUCCACCAACAUUUAUUUUCCGUCUCCUUUUACUGAUUUUGUCGACAACGACAGUGAUACCAAGCAUGGUUCAGCCAUUUACAUCUCUGGUGAUCACAACAAUAUCGCUCGUGUGAAAGAAAUGUUGAAUAAAUUAGCCGUCCAAAAGGCAAAAUCCAUGUACCAUAAAGAGGCUACCUUGCAAGCGCGGAAAUUGGAUUGGAUGCUUGUCCAUCGACGAGAUGAUCUACGUCGUAUCAUGCAUGACAAUGGCUCUUUCAUUGAAUUUCCCGCUUUGGGGGCCAAUAGUGGCACGGUGGUGGUCUAUGCGGAAAACCGUGUUAACGCUGAACGAACUUUGCGUCUGUUGAAUUAUUUGGCUUGCAGCAUCUACGAAGCGUGCUUUUAUUUUAGUUGCUGUGAUAAUGCAAUUUAUGGUUCUCAAGGCACGGAGACUGGUCUCAAUUCAAUUACCAGCGUGGCAAGCCUUGUAUCGCAACUGUCCGCUAUCUCCGGAGCUGAAGUAACCUAUAACAUGGAAACGGCCUCCAUGGAAAUUCUUGGAACAGAACGUGCGGUCCGCAAUGUAUAUCAACACUUACAUGAAAUGACGUUUUUAAAGAUAUUUCAUCAAGACACCGUGUUUAAUGUUGAGUUAUCCAACGAUCAGCGCGAAUUCAUCAGCGGGAAGAAGAAUGGCAAAAUCAACAAGAUUAUAAAGACCUCCGGCGCCAAAAUCAAGUUUUUGCCUUUUAGUGAAUACAAUUUCAUCAUCGAGGUGGAAAGCGCCAGUUUCACCAAAGCCUUGGAUGGUUUGACCUUGUUGCAAGAAGAAUUGCCCGCCGAAAUCUCUUUUUAUGUACCUGAAUCGUACCAUAAGCGCAUCAUCGGAGUGGGGGGCAAAAACAUCCAACGCAUCAUGAAGAAAUACGGUGUCUAUGUCAAAUUUUCAAAUGCGGAAGAAUUUGCUUCCCUUGGUGGAUACUACGAUAAUGACGACAACGUGGUUGCUCGUACACCUAUGAAAAAUCAGAUCAAUCUCGACAAUCUACGGCAUGCCGUCAUGGAACUCAUCAGUCCCAAGGAUAAAGAUUUUGUCACGCGAUCCAUCGAAAUCCCUUUCCGGCAUCAUCGGAUCCUAGUCCACAAUCAUCAAGAUCACUUUGUUCAGCUUACCAGAAAGACAAAUACCAGGCUUUUGUGGCCCGAUCACGAACUCGCUAGCGACGCUGUCACGUUAAUGGGACCGGAAACCCAGAUUGAUACGGCCAUGCAUCUUGUACGCAGUGUGAUCCCCGAAGAAUAUCACUUCCAUGUUCCAGAGAGCCCUGCCCUGAAUUCUGUCCUCGUGUUUGACGCAUUUAGAACUUUAGUCGUGGAUCGGUUGCGCAAGGAACUGGACAUUGUAUUGGAGGUGGGUCCGUCUUCACCUUCUUCGACCUCCUCCAAUUCGUCGGAUCAACCCAUGUCAGUUCUUUCUCCCACAUUGUCCAAUCAGCAACCGCUACUGUCGAGUCCCCCACCUUCCGCGACAUUGGCCGAUGCACCGCCUAUGCUUGCCCCAUCGGUUGCAUGCGAUACCACAGAUGCGGUAUUAUGUCUGAAAAUGACCAAAGCCAACAUUGAUAGUCUACCAGCCGCGCUCGAUAUUCUUGUUGCGUUCCUCGGGGCGCAUCAAGUACCUUUAUACGAUGAACCGGCCGCCAAACUAGGAGUCGCUUCCUCCACCAGCACGACCAGUAAACGAUCCAGUGCCAGUACGAGUUCUAUUCCAGACAGUUUCAGUCAUUUCAGCAGCAAAGUAUUGCCCACCGUUGGACCUGCCGGUAAGUGA